AUGAGAGUUUCCCACUUGUCGCUUGUGCUCGCGGGAGCGCUGGCGUUGACUUUACCCCAGCAAGUGCUUGACGCCGCCAACCAGCUCCAGGAAGGGUUCAACGUCGGCGACCAUUUGGACGCCCUUAAGCAGAACUUGGGCUCGCUCGGCGCCAUCGGCCAUCACGCCAUUGCCAGCGUCAUUGACAAGUUGCAAGUGCCCAAGGAACAGGCGCAAUUGUGGGCGGAAAUGAUGCUUGAGUUCCCCGACGCCGUGGCGCAGUUGGACUUUAAGGCGCCGGCGAAGAAAUUGCUGGGGUUCAAGCCCGACUGGCAGUUUGUCGUCACUGACGCAAAGCACCCCAACUACCAAUUGAGGGGUAAGUCCACUCCUGAACUGUUGGGCAUCGAUAAGGUGAAACAGUACUCGGGCUACAUCGACGACUUGGAAGAGGACAAGCACUUCUUCUACUGGUUUUUCGAGCUGAGAGGCGACCCCAAGAAGGACCCCACCAUCUUGUGGCUUAACGGCGGCCCGGGUUGCUCGUCGCUUACUGGUUUGUUCUUUGAAUUGGGCCCCGCUUCGAUCGGCCCCGCCUUGAAGCCGAUCCCCAACGACUACUCGUGGAACAACAACGCCAACGUCAUCUUCUUGGACCAGCCGAUCAACGUCGGCUACCUGUACUCGUCGCAGCUGGUGUCGGACACCGUUGCCGCGGGCAAAGACGUGUACUCGUUCCUCUCGUUGUUCUUCAAGCAGUUCCCCCAGUACGCCAAGAACGACUUCCACAUCGCUGGUGAGCUGUACGCCGGCCACUACAUCCCCGUGUUUGCCACCGAGAUCUUGAGCCACGACGACCGCAACUUCAAUUUAACCUCGGUGCUCAUCGGCAACGGGUUGACUGACCCUUUGACCCAAUACGAAUACUACCAGCCCAUGGCCUGCGGCGAGGGCGGCGCCGACCCCGUGUUGGACCAGGAACAAUGUGACCUGAUGGCGAAGCUGAUCCCGCGCUGUUUGUCGUUGAUUCAACUGUGCUACGACUCCGAGUCGGUGUGGUCGUGUGUCCCCGCCACCAUCUACUGCAACAACGCUCAAAUGGGCCCUUACCAGAAGACGGGCAAAAACGUGUACGACAUCAGAAAGAACUGCGAGGGGUCGUCGCUCUGCUACGAGGACUUGGACUACAUCGACAAGUACUUGAACCAGAAGGAAGUGAUGGAGGCGUUGGGCGUCGAGGUCGACUCCUACCAGGGGUGCAACUUCGACAUCAACAAGAACUUCUUGUUCGCCGGCGACUGGAUGAAGCCCUACCACAGAGCCGUCACCGACUUGCUUGAAAGAGGGUUGCCCGUGCUCAUCUACGCCGGCGACAAGGACUUCAUCUGCAACUGGUUGGGCAACCAGGCGUGGACCAACGUGUUGCCGUGGAAGCACAGCGAUGCCUUUGCCUCGGCUGAGGAAAAGCCCUUCGAAAUCAAGGGUAAGUUGAGAACUCUCGGCGGCGCCGUGUUUGACUCGCCCCUCGCCUCGACCAAGGCGGGUACCGUCAAGAACUACGAACACUUCACUUUCUUGAGAUUGUUCGACGGUGGCCACAUGGUCCCCUACGACCAGCCCGAGCUGUCGUUGGAAAUGCUCCUGAGAUGGAUCAAGGGCAACUACAAGUUGGAAAAGAAGUUGUUGCAAUAA